GCUGGGUCUGCAAUCGAAGCAUUAGACAUACGCAUGUUCUGGUCUUACGUCGCUGGGGUCUAGGGUCUGGCAUCGGACAUCUGUGGACAAACUCAGCUCUUUCGUUUAUUUGUUGGGGUCUGGAAUCGGACUUCUGUCUGGAGUGGCCGUGAAAGCCCAAGCAAAUUGGAUCUUUUAUUCUCCAAGGCCGAGUCCACAAACGGGCUUCCAUGAGUAUGCUAAAUUUAUUUGCUACCAAGAAUCUCUAAAGCAUUCCUCUGUCCCUAUCACGGUACUUGCAAAUUCAGGAAUUUCAAACACAUGUCUUGUUUCAUCAUCCUCGAAAUGGGUCAUUGACUAAGGUGCCACAGAUCAUAUGACUGGAUCUGUUAACGAAGCAGACUAUUGGUAAAGGACAUGAGUCAGCUGGUCUUUAUAUUUUGGAUACAUCAAUCACAAAAGGUAUCUCUUGUCUUGGGGUUGGAAAUCUGUUAGAAGCUAAUUACUGAUUAGGACAUCCAUCUCUCCCACUAAUGAAGCAAAUAUAUCCUCAGUUUAAUAAAGUGUAAUCUAUACAAUGUGAGUCAUGUGAGUUUGCAAAACAUCAUCGUACUAGUUUAAGUCCUCGACUUAAUAAACGAGCAAACGCUCAGUUUGAUCUUGUUCAUCAUAUUGAUGUUUGGGGGGCAUGUCUUGUUGUGUCCAAAUCUGGUUUCAAAUAUUUUGUUACGUUUGUUGAUGAUUAUUCUCGUAUGACAUGGAUAUAUUUUAUGAAACGUCGAUCAGAGUUAUUUACUCAUUUUUCUGCAUUUUGUACUCAAAUUAAAACUCAAUUUAAUGUUCUUGUUCAUGUGUUGAGGGGAGACAAUGCCCAAGAAUAUCUCUCCGCUCCAUUUAAAUCUUUUAUGCUUCAAAAUGGCAUUAUUCAUCAAACUUCAUGCGUAGACACCUCCUCAAAAUGGAGUCGCUGAAAGAAAGAAUCGACAUCUGUUAGAAACUGCAAGGGCUCUUCUAUUCCAAAUGAAUGUGCCUAAACAGUUUUGGGUGGAUGUCAUGUCUAGUGUCUACCGCAUGUUUUUUGAUAAACUGUAUGCCAUCUUCUGUUUUAAACGAUAAAACUCCUUCUCACUGCUUAUUUCCGAACAAGGAGCUUUUUCCUAUCCCACCUAAAACAUUUGGUUGCACUUGUUUUGUUAGAGACGUUAAUCCUCAUCUUACAAAGUUAGAGCCCAAAUCAUUAAAAUGUAUUUUCUUGGGUUAUUCUCGACUUCAGAAGGGGUAUAGAUGUUUUUUUCCAAGUACAGGUCGAUAUCUUGUUUCCACUGAUGCAUCAUUUCAUGAAAAUACACCCUUUUCAUCAUCCAAGACAGAUAUUCAUGGGGACAAUGAUGAAAUACUCAUUUACUCUGUCACUAUACCGGAAUCUACGCCUUCUGUAGUUAUUCCAUAUGUUCUUAUUCCCGACCCCAGACCUCCAGUACACUUGGUUUACACCCGUCGAAACAGAGCACCGGAUCACCCUCCGCCCGUGACACCUAUGAUUACUUAUCUUGAUAUUACCGGAUCACCCUCCACCCGUGACACCUAUGAUUACUUAUCCUGAUAUUGGUCCGUCCUUGAUCUCAUGUCCUGAACCGGCACAUGCAUCUUCUGAUCUUGUCUCUACAUUAGAUCUUGACCUUCCGAUAGCUCUACGUAAAGGCAAUACUCAGUAGAGGACCGGCUGGAAAUCCGGAAUUCACAUUCACUCAACUUCUCAAGAUACAAUGUCCAUGUAUAAUUUUGUUACCGUUACAAGAGGAAGUCGUGAUGUAAUUCAUAAUGAAGCUAGCGGGUCCCGUUCUUUUAAGCAACCUAGGAUUGAGGUCAAUUUAGAUGAUUUGCCAACAGACCCGGGAUUACGUCCAAAAAUUUGUAGUUAUCAUCCAAAUGAUCAAGAUAAAGUGAGAAGGUUUUAUUUGCAAAAAGGGCCUUGAAACUCGUUGGGGUUCACACUACGGCAGCUUGAUUAGUUUAGUUCAAAUGUAUUCCUCGGUGAUUGAUGUUCUUGAAGUUAUAAAAGAAGACGGGGUGACUUCAGAUCAAAAGGGCGAGGCUAUGCGACAUUUAGACUCUAUACAAACUUUUGAUUUUGCAUUCUUUUUGCAUUUGAUGAAGACCGUCUUGGGAAUUACAAAUGAACUAUCUCAAACAUUGCAAAGAAAGGAUCAAGAUAUCCUUAAUGCGAUGCAAUUAGUAACUAUUGCAAAGGGGCGCUUGCAAGAUAUGAGAGAUAAUGGAUGGGAUCCAUUAUUGGAGGAAGUGUCUUCAUUUUGCACAGUUCAUGAUCUUGACAUUCCUAAUAUGGAAGAUAAAUUUAUACCAAAAGGCAGGUCACGACGCAAAGCUAAGGAUAUAAAAUAUUGGGAGCAUUAUAAGUAUGACUUAUUCUAUACAAUUGUGGAUAUGCAGCUUCAAGAACUUAAUUACCGUUUUAGUGAGUCCAACACUAAGUUGCUUCUUUGUUUGAGCUGCUUGAGUCCAGACAAGUCCUUUGAAGCAUUUGACAAGCUCAAGUUGAUUGAGUUUGCUAACAUUUAUCCAAAUGAUUUCUCUAGUUUGGAGUUGGUAGUUCUUGAAAAUCAGUUGGAGACUUAUAUUAUUGAUAUGCGCAGUAAUGAUGAAUUUUCAGACUUGAAAGGAAUUGCUUGCCUUGCAGAGAUGUUGGUGAAGACGGAAAACAUCGUGUUUAUCAAUUAGUUUAUUUACUUCUGAAGUUGGCAUUGACAUUACCUGUUGCUACCGCCAAGGUUGAAAGAGCCUUUUCAGCGAUGAAAAUUGUGAAGACCGAGUUGCGAAAUCGGAUGGGAGAUGAUUAUAUGAAUGAUUGUUUAGUUCCUUAUAUAGAAAAUGAUGUAUUUGAUAGCAUUGAUGAUGAGUUAAUUAUUCAGCACUUUCAAAAUAUGCAAGCACGCCGAGGACAGCUAUAAAAGGUCAUAUGAUGACACAAACUGGAAAAGAGCAACAGAAGUCAAUCAAAGACAUCCAACACAAUGAAUCAAGACCGAUGCUUGUAUUAGUCACCUUGACUAGUGACACCUCGUCCAGGACCACCCAAGCAUCCCAGAUAGAGUCAUUCAUGUGCAUGGAAAACACCAGGGGCAGGGCAUACACACCUCGGCCUGUUAAAACAUAUUUUAUUGUGUUCAAUUUAAUUAGAUUUAUCUUUGUCUAUUAGAUUUAAUUAGUGGGCUAUUAAAUUAAUUAGUGGCCAUUUAUUUAGAUUAACCCUGCUCAUCCUAUUGUAACUAGGAUGUUUGGCCAUAUGCCUAUAAAUAAAGGCAGUAUGGACCGAGCAUGAUUAAGAGCUUCACAAUUAGAAUAGUCACAUCAUUAUUAGAAGUUCCCACGUUAGAAUAGAGAGAAAAGCCUCUACACAUUCUAUUCCGCACAUAUUAUUCUCGUAGAGUACCUAGAUAAUUCUCUCACAACAGUUCAUCCGUGUAAUAAGCAUUAUUGCUACAUCUUUAUGAAUAUACUGUAUUGAAUGUUGAUGAAUUAUUCUUCUACUGUCUAAAUUCUUCAUAUUAUUAUUUAGAUUUAUUUGACUGUUGAUCUGGGAUCACUCAAACCGUUGGUAUCAGAGCCACGGCGUAAUUCUAUUCGUUCGAAUCUACGAAUUUUUCUGGAACUAAUUUGAUCAAAAUUGCAACUUUUGAUUGAAUUAGUUUUUGGACUUGUUCUUGGAAAGUGACUAUAUUUUUGGAAGGUUGUUGUUGUAAAAGAGAGAAGAUCACGGAACAAGAACUCUAGUUUCUUGAAGAUAUGUAUUUCGCUCACCCGAAAUCUAUGAUUUCGGCAUCUUAAAAAGAUUUCGAGCCUGUUCUGUUUCAAUUGCCCAAGAUUUGUUUUCCUU